AUGACGAUGAUGAUUUACCUGGUUCAUUUGAAGCUGAAUUGGCUACUAUGGAUGAAAUGGAAGAUGAUAUUGGUGAUGUGACUCAAUUUGUUGAAGAGCCAGCUGAUGUUAGAUUAAAUGAUAAGCUAUUCAGAGGUCCUGAACAAGAGAACAUAUCUUCCAGAUGGAGUAGACCUUCUCCUCCAGACUUAAAUCCAGAGGAAGAUGCUUUAAUUUUCCAACAAAUAGAGAUUGAUCAUUAUAAUGGUGCACCAUUGGUUGGAAUGCCAGGUAGUACAAUACCACCUGUACCUAUAAUGAGAAUGUAUGGAAUCACAGAGCAAGGAAACUCGGUUUGUUGUCAUGUUCAUGGAUUUAGUCCAUAUUUGUAUGUUACAGCACCACCCAAAUUUACAGACAGCCAUUGUAACAGAUUUAAGGAUGCUUUAGAUAAGGCUAUAUUAAAAGAUAUGAGAUCAAAUACAGAGAAUAUUCAGAUAGCUGUUUUAGCUGUUGAAAGAGUGUACAGACAAACCAUGUAUGGUUACACAGGGGAUGAAAAAUCAUUAUUUUUAAAAAUUACAGUUACAUUACCAAAAUUAAUAGCACCUUGCAGGCGAUUGCUUGAAAAAGAAAACAUUUUUCCUGAAUUUGAUCAUACGUACCGUGAUUUUGAGAGCAAUAUUGAUUUUGAUGUAAGAUUCAUGGUCGACACGUCUAUUGUUGGAUGUUCCUGGAUUGAACUUCCAUCAAAAGUUUGGAAAUUGCGUGGUGGUCAUGGGCACGAUUUACCAUCGAUUACAAGAUGCCAAAUAGAAGCAGAUGUUGCAUGGGAUGCUUUCAUUUCUCAUUCACCAGAAGAAUGGUCAAAGAUCGCACCAUUUAGAAUACUCAGUUUUGAUAUCGAAUGUGCUGGAAGAAAAGGUAUUUUUCCUGAACCAAAUCACGAUCCUAUUAUUCAAAUAGCUAACAUGGUAAUAAAACAAGGAGAUUCAGAACCAUUUCUAAGAAAUAUUUUUACACUUGAUACAUGCGCGCCAAUUAUUGGUUGUCAGGUUCUAAGUUUUGAUAAAGAACAAACGUUGUUAGAGAAAUGGGCUGAGUUCGUGAGACAGUUAGAUCCUGAUAUUUUUACAGGAUAUAACAUAAAUAAUUUCGAUUUUCCAUAUUUAAUUAAUCGAGCACAACACCUUAACGUGAGGAAUUUUAAUUUCCUUGGACGAAUAAAAAAUAUAAAGUCUGUAGUCAAAACGAAAAUAAUUCAAAGUAAACAAAUGGGUCGUCGUGAAAAUAAAUCUGUCAACUUUGAAGGAAGAGUUCCAUUUGAUUUAUAUUUGGUAUUAGUCAGAGAUUAUAAAUUAAGAUCUUACACUUUAAAUGCUGUCUCUUACCACUUUUUACAAGAACAAAAAGAGGAUGUUCAUCACAGUAUUAUUACAGAAUUACAAAACGGAAAUUCGCAGACACGUCGAAGGCUUGCUGUUUACUGUUUAAAGGAUGCAUAUUUACCGCUUAGAUUGCUGGACAAACUAAUGUGCAUAUUUAUUUACAUGGAAAUGGCUAGGGUUACUGGAGUUUCUAUAGCUAGUUUGUUAACCCGAGGGCAACAAAUAAAAGUUGUUUCACAGUUAUUGAGAAAGAUCCGGGAACAAGAUUAUCUGAUGCCAGGCUAUCAAAGUCAAGGUAGCGAAGACCAGUUUGAAGGUGCAACAGUUAUAGAACCAAAACGUGGUUACUAUAAGGAUCCAAUUGCAACUUUGGAUUUUAGUUCUCUAUAUCCCAGUAUUAUCAUGGCACACAAUUUAUGUUACACAACAUUAUUAAAUCGCGAAUCACAAAUCAAACAUAAAGUCGACCCUGAUGAUAUAACUAAAACCCCAAGUAAUUCAAUGUUUAUUAAAGCUAACGUUAAAAAAGGAAUUCUUCCCGAAAUUUUGGAAAAUUUGUUGUCGGCUAGAAAAACAGCAAAAGCUCAAUUGAAAAAUGAAACUGAUCCGCUGAAACAAAAGGUCUUAGAUGGUAGGCAAUACGCUUUAAAAGUAUCAGCUAAUUCUGUAUAUGGUUUCACUGGUGCCCAAGUAGGAAAAUUACCAUGUUUAGAAAUAUCUGCCAGUGUUACCGCGUAUGGACGGGCUAUGAUAGAACGGACAAAACAGGAAGUAGAAGAUCACUAUUGUACUUCGAACGGAUAUGAAAACAAUGCUGUGGUCAUAUAUGGUGAUACUGAUUCUGUCAUGGUUAAAUUUGGUGUUGAAACGAUAAAAGAAGCCAUGGAACUUGGAAAAGAAGCGGCAGAAUACGUAUCCGGAAAAUUCCUUAAACCAAUAAAAUUAGAAUUUGAGAAAGUUUACUUCCCAUACUUAUUAAUUAAUAAAAAGCGAUACGCCGGUCUGUAUUUUACUUGUCCAGACAAAUAUGAUAAAAUGGAUUGUAAGGGUCUUGAAACUGUUCGAAGAGAUAAUUGCCCAUUGGUAGCAAACAUGAUGAAUACUUGCUUACAAAAAUUACUUAUCGACAGAAAUCCUACUGAUGCCUUAAAUUAUGCAAAACAAGUUAUAAGCGAUCUCCUUUGCAAUCGUAUCGAUAUUUCCCAGUUGGUAAUUACAAAAGAAUUAACCAAAACAGAUUAUACCGCUAAACAAGCGCAUGUUGAAUUAGCUGCAAAAAUGAAGAAACGAGAUACAGGAACAGCACCAAAAUUGGGAGAUCGUGUUCCAUAUGUUUUCAUAAAAGCUGCUAAAGGAGCACCAGCUUAUCAAAAAGCAGAAGAUCCAAUCUAUGUAUUAGAAAAUAACAUUCCUAUAGAUACUAACUAUUAUUUGGAGAAUCAACUAUCUAAACCUCUUGUACGUAUUUUUGAACCUAUUCUCGGUGAGAAAGCUGAAUCGCUACUUCUGAAAGGAGACCAUACUCGAACAAAAUCCGUUGCUACAUCAAGAGUCGGUGCUCUUUCCGCUUUUACGCGUAAGAAAGAAGUGUGUUUAGGUUGUAAAGCUGUUUUAGCUCCGGAAAGAGAAAAAAUGGCUUUAUGUACUCACUGUGAAUCUAAAGAAGCAGAAGUUUUUCAGACUGAAUUGUAUGUUGGUAGGAAAUUAGAAGAAAAAUUUUGCAGAUUGUGGACCGAGUGUCAAAGGUGUCAAGGUAGUCUUCAUCAAGAAGUAAUAUGUACAAGUCGUGAUUGCCCCAUAUUUUACAUGAGAAAAAAGGUUCAGAUGGAAUUAGAUACCCAAAUCAAACGAAUCGAAAGGUUCGGAAAUCCACAGUGGUAGAAUAAUAACCAGGAAAAAUGUCAGAUGUUUUGAAGAUUUGAAAGGUUCUGUUUUUAAGAGCAUCUAACCCAAGUGCCUGAUGUACCUCUGCAACGCUUAGGCACCCUGCCAUGUCCUGUUUAUUUGCCAAAACUACUAAAAUGGCACCUUGUAAUUCUUCUUCCUAAGAAUAUAUUAAUAUUAAUUUAA